GCGGCGAAGACGGCAAGCGGCAGUCGGCGGCGGUCCUUUGAACGGUUCGUGCGUUGGUGCGUAGGCGAAUUCGGCGUCCGAAACUCGCGCUGAUCUCGUCGGAUAUAGCAGAAUAUACGGGAAUGAGGUAAUCACCAGGACGACGGGCUUCUUGAAUUCUUGCCACACGUAGAGGCUUGACGUAUAACGAGCGGUGACUCGACAAAUAAUAAUAACGCAGAUAACAUAUCUACAAGGGAGCUACGAUGACGGAAAACGAUAAAGCGCCGACGGAGUUGGACACUUUUCUGCCUCAGGAUGGAUCUAAUCUCAAGGAUGGCGUCCUAUCUGCCAAAUAUAAAGUACAAGUCGCCUCGCGCGACGUUGAAGCCGCGCUGGCCGAUGAGAAGAGUUUUGAUCCCUUUGCGGAACGCAAAGUUGACAAUCCAACGACGGAUUGCGACACAUUGACGCACUUAUUGAAGGCCUCCCUUGGCAGUGGCAUCUUGGCUAUGCCUAUAGCUUUCAAAAAUGCCGGAUUACUUUUGGGAAUCUUUGCUACGAUACUUGUCGCAUUUGUAUGCACGCACUGUGCGUAUAUUCUGGUCAAAUGCGCGCACUUACUUUACCAUAAAACUCGUAAAACAGAAAUGGGAUUUGCUGAGGUAGCCGAGGUGGCUUUCGAUAAAGGACCUCAAUGGGCGAGGAAGUUCGCGAAACCUUCUAGACAUCUUAUUCAAAUUAGUCUGUUCGUCACAUACUUCGGCACCUGCAGCGUGUACGCGGUAAUCGUGGCUGCCAACUUCCAACAAAUUAUCGAACAUUAUCAAGGUAGCGAAUAUAGCCUCCGGUUGAUCAUCGCCUAUUUAUUGGUACCGUUAGUUCUACUCAGUUGGGUACCCGACUUGAAGUAUUUGGCGCCGGUUUCGAUGGUGGCAAACAUCUUUAUGGGAGUAGGACUGGGAAUAACGUUCUACUAUCUCGUCUGGGAUAUACCGCCGUUGUCUUCGAUACCUCUGAUAGGGACGAUCGAGACCUUCCCGCAAUUCUUCAGCAUUACUGUCUUCGCCAUGGAGGCAAUCGGUGUGGUGAUGCCUUUGGAGAAUAGCAUGAAAACGCCACAGCACUUUGUGGGAAUCUGCGGAGUUCUUAACAAGGGAAUGUCUGGCGUUACGCUCGUGUACAUUUUCCUUGGAUUUCUCGGAUACGUCAAGUAUCAGGACGAAACGAAAGGUAGCAUCACCCUUAAUCUACCGACAGAAGAAAUACCGGCACAAGUAGUACAGAUUUUGAUCGCCCUGGCUGUGUUUUGCACUUUCGGUCUGCAAUUUUACGUGUGCCUCGAUAUUGGGUGGACUCUUAUAAAAGAUCGCUUUGAGAAGAAACCACUUUUAGCUAAUUAUAUCAUGAGAACGGUACUAGUAAUUGGUGCAGGUCUUCUUGCCAUAGCAGUGCCGAGCAUCGAACCGUUCAUCGGACUGAUUGGUGCAUUUUGUUUUUCCAUUUUGGGCCUCCUCAUUCCGGUAUUCAUCGAGACUGUAACUUAUUGGGAUGUCGGCUUCGGACCAGGAAAUUGGGUGGCUUUAAAGAAUGUAAUUAUAUGCGUGAUAGGUGUGAUAGCAUUAAUAUUUGGAUCGCGCAGUGCCAUAAUAGACAUUAUGAAAUUGUAUGCUUGAUGGAAAGAAUAUUUUCUUUUUUUUACUUAGUGCAAAUGAUUUAGCGGGUAUACAAUGAAUUUUUCUAUCAUAUCUUAGAUCUGCUCCAUCCAUAUAAUUAACGAUAUUGGAAUAAAUUAGAUGUAAAUCAAAUAUUACGCUCGCGGGCGGGUGUCAGUGAACUUUUAAACAGAAGCGAAGAAUUUGAAUUACAUAAUUAGUUCAAAUUUUCUCUUAUUCUUGAAAUUCUCUGAUAAAAUAUAGAAAAUUUUUUAUUGUCUAAAAUAAUGUAUAAGUAUGCAUAAGUUAGAAAUGGUAAACAAAUGUAGAUUUAGGAAUAAUGGCAGUAUUCACUUAGCAGGAGAAACUCUGCUGCAAAGCAUGAAUAAAUUAUUGCGCUCGCGUGUGAGAUAUACGAGUAUUCUAAGAAACCUCUUUAGAAAAUGAUUUGUAUAUUAUCGAAAAUAACGUCUAUUAUAUACUAUUUAAUUCUACGAUAUAAAACA